UUUUUUUUAAAUGGUAAAAGUAAACACAGACACAGGGGUCAGGAGCUUUGCCUUUAUUUUCCUUCUCAAGAGUGCUCAACAUUUUGCAAAAGAAGGACAGUGCUGCCCUCUACUGCUGAAUGUUGAAAUAUUAUUAAUACCUGAGGUUCCUACCAGCUUUGUGUACUAGAUUACCACAAUUUAUUAUAUUGUUUUAAACGAACCCUUUAAGAGUUAUUUAAAAGACUGUGUGCUUGGCAAACACAUUGAAUUUGUUUCCUUCAUUAUCUCUUCAUACACCUUCAUCUUGUACCAAAGCGCAGGAUUUUAGGACAUGACGCAAUCAAAAGAAGGACAUUACAACUUUGGGGAAGAAUGCUUAACAUGGCUCUAGAAGUAAAAGACUGUACUGGUGAUCCAUUUAAGGAGAAACAGGGCAAGGAGAGGAAAUUUUCUUCUGACUUCAAGGUCUGUAGCCUUCCCAUUCUUCUGCUAUUUGGAGUGUCUUCAUUUGUUUUUUUGCUAAGGCAAUCCAUUUCCUUCUUUGUGUUUCUUUGGAGAAGGCUGCUGCCCCAGGAUGUGGAGAGAAUAGUGUUUCUAAAACAUUUUUCUAUUCUUCAGAAAAACAUAAUAUAGCUAUACAAAGGGCUGUCAUUAACAUUUACAUUUUAAUUAAUUAUUAAUAAAGUUGUCUUGUUAUCUUUAAAUUGCCUUGAGAUUUUAUAGAUCUCUACAACGACUUCUUGGAGGGCUCUAGAUAUUUUGAAAAUUGUGUUCUGUUUUCUUUUCCAUUUGAAAAAUAUUUCAGAAUACAUGCCUGCAAAGGGCCAGAUCAGGCAGACUUCAAAGAGAGUUUGCCUAACCAUUAGCACCCUACAGCAACCCAGGGACUAAUUUCCUCAUAUCUAUGACAAUAGUAAAAACAAUAAUUUCUGUAACUGUGUUAAAUGUGUGUAUAUCAACACUAAGCAAAAUUCUUUUUAAAAAUAAUUUACAUAUAAGAAUAUUAAAACUCAGACACAUCAAGUAAUUUACUCAAAGUUUCAAAACUACAAGAGGCAAAGCUAGAAUUUGACGCCAGGCCCAAGCCUACGUACUGUUCUACUAUGCCGCUCGUAAUUUAAUAAAAAAGCUAAACAAAUCUCAAAGGCAAGUGCUUGUAAACAACAUCUGUAAUGAUAAUGACGGUCCCAGUUAACACUUGAGUACUAAGUGUCAAGUACAAUUCAGAGUUUUGUAUGAAAUCAUUAAAUUAAAUUAAAUCAUUUAAUCCUCACAGCAACCCCAUGAGGUAGAACUAUUAUUAUUCCCAGAUGAGGAAACUGAGGCAUACAGAGGCAAUCUAGUUCCAGAGGCCAUGCUUUUAACCAUUACGCUAAACUGUUUCUUAAGCAACAUACGAAAACUAUACAGCACAAUUUCUAAAUGGUGCCAUAGAACUUAAUCACGUUCAACAAGUAGGUAAAACCAUCAGUAGUUUUCAGUCCUAUUGAUCUGUUAUACAAAGAUUUCAGCAGCUUUAAAUAAAGUUCUGCAUAUGUGGGUACUCAGUUCAGGAACUAACCUUAGACCCUGUCCACUCUAUGCCCUUCUAUGAGGUAGGAAACAGAAAAAUAUCCUCACUGGGUUCAAUCCAUGUGUGCGGAUUAUGAGAGGAGUCAUACAUAAGUGAGGGAAGGAGAGAACUGAGGGAACAGAAGGAGACAUGAUUCCAUGAAGGCACACUCAGGAACAAGCCAGUUAAUUUGAGAGGAGAAGUUGAUAAAGGAUCACUUUCCUUAGCAAGAAGAGUAAACUCAUUACAGUGGGAGAACAGCACCACCUCAGGAGCCCUAUGUUUAUCUUAUAACACACUAUUUAGCCACACUGUGACUCUAUAACAGAUAUCCACAUACAGCUUUGGUUUUUAAAGAAAUAUUUGCUCAGCACACAACUCAAGCUUCUAAAUAUCCUACCCGUAGUGCCAGCACUCACCCAAAUAUAACGACUCCAAAGCACUUUGUGCUUGAGUGCAAAGAAUGAUAAACUCAUCCCUCCCCUGACUUUUUCCUGAGUUUAGACCUUCUGGGUAUUCAGGGGCAAGACUGAGUAAAAUAAGCAUGUGUGGCUUGGUGCAGUGGCUCACGCCUGUAAUCCCAACACUUUGGGAGGCUGAUUGCUCAGCCCAGGAGUUCGAGACCAGCUUGGCCAACACGGCGAAACCCCAUCUCUACAAAAAUUAGCUGCGCAUGUUGGUGCACACCCGUGGUCCCAGCUACUUGAGAGGUUGAGGUGGGACAAUCACCUGAGCCCAGGAUGCAGAGGUUGCAGUGAGCCGAGAUCGUGCCACUGCACUCCAGCCUAGGCAACAGAGUAAGGCUGUGUCUCAAAAAAAACCCAAAAAACCAUCCAUACGCAGAUUUGCUUACAGGUUCAUGCAGUGCUCACUGCUCUUCUUGCCUGUCCAGCCCUGCAGGCUUCAGAUUUCCAAGACAGUAUGUUCUAAAGGAAUUCAUUCCAGGUGAUGCUGUUGCUAUAUGGGUUCUCAGUUCCUCUUUUCCACUUCUGAAGAAAAGGUUUCAGGGACAGGAGCAGGGAAAGGCAGAAGGGAGAUGCUAGGAGGACUCCUGAACAGACAGUCAUAAGGAAGGCAGGAGGCAGUGAGAACACCAGCCUUUCUCUUCUGACCCUUACUGCCCUUUCCCUGGACACUCACUUUAUCUGGCUGCCUACCUGUCUGGGCAGCAUCUAGCUCUUGAGUCUUUUGCUUGAAUUAUCCAUUCAGCAAGGAGGCAGUGUUGAGUCAAUUCUAAGCCAAAGUGUUAAAAUUAGCGAUGACUUGGAAAGCAUUCUGUUUAUUUCAAGACUGGCAUUAAAUUAGAGGGGCAGCCUACAGGGCUCAAGACAGAAAGGUACUGCACUUAAUCUCCAAGAACCUCACCGUCCCUAAGAAAGCAGUUUGAGACUUGGAUGCUACAUAAUAUAUAGGCUUCCUUCUCCCCCAGUAAUUGCCCUUUUUAAAAUUCAGAGUGGAUAUUGUGGGGACAUGGAGAAAAACUGCACAUGGCACCUUCUUUGUCCCUAUCAGCAUUGGCUUGAUUAUGGGGCUGCUUAGGAUGUUAAUAAAUAUUUGGUCUUAGCCAACAGUGUUUAGGUAACCUAGGGUUGUUUUUCUCCCAGGGAAUGACAUAGGGAGUGACCAUGAUAUUGCUGGCCAACGCUGUGAAGAUCAUACUUUUAAAUCAAAUUCUGGGAAGGUUAGGCUAUACAAUGCCCCCCUCAGCAGUUGCCCUCUGCCCCUGCUUUUGGAAGCACUGAAAGUUCAUUGUCAUUUGACCUUCAGUGUUGAACUUGUAAUGCUUAAAAUGUUAUUAGUGAAACACUGUGGGCAGUUACCUUUAAAACCAGAGGCAAUGUUUCAGAAAAGAAAUAGAUAACACAGAAAGUUGACAGAUGUUACACAAAGUUCUUUGGCUUGUGUUUAUUACUCUGAAUGAAAAUUCAUUUUAAGAUUUAUAGUACUAUCCAGUGGAGAGGGGCUGUGAUAUUGUUUUCUUCUGAAACACCAAGAGAAUUGACUCUUCUACCAUUUGUUGAAGGCUUAGUAAGUGCAAGAAACCUAGGGAGACUUACAGGUCCCUAGCCAAAAGAAGCUACAUGGCCAACAAGCAUAUAAAAUACUCAACAUCACUAAUCACUAGAGAAAUCCAAAUCAAAACUACAAUGAGAUAUCAUCUCACACCAGUCAGAAUGGCUAUUAAUAAAAGUCAAGAAAUAACAGAUGCUGGUUUCUGGUGAGGUUGUGGAGAAAAGGGAAUGCUUAUACAAUACUGGUGGGAACGUAAAUUAGUUCAGUAACUGCGGAAAGCAGUGUGGCGAUUUCUCAAAGAACUUUAAACAGAAUUACCAUUCGACCCAACAAUCCCAGUAUUGGGUCUAUACCCAAAAGAACAUAAAUCGUUCUACCAUAAAGAUACAUGUACAUGUAUGUUCACUGCAGCACUAUUCACAAUUGUAAAGACAUGGCAUCAACCUAAAUGCCCAUCACCAGUAGACUGAAGAAAAUACGGUGCAUAUACACCAUGGACUACUAUGCAGCCAUAAAAAAGAAAGAGAUCAUGUCCUUUGUAGCAACAUGGAUGGAGCUGGAGGCCUUUAUCCUAAGUGAACUAAUGCGGAAGAGAAAACCAAAUACUGCAUGUUCUGACUCACAAGUGGGAGCUAAACAUUGAGAAUACAUGGACACAAAGGAGAGAACAACAGACACUGGGACCUACUUGAAGCUAGAAGGCGGGAGGUGGGAGAGGAUCAGAAAAAAUACCUGUCAAGUACUAUGCUUACUAUCUGGGUGAUAAAAUAAUUUGUACACCAAACCCACAUGACAAGCAAUUUACCUAUAAAACAAACCUGUGCAUGUAUCCCGAACCUAAAAUAAAAGUUAAAAAAAAAAAGGCAGUUUACCAUCUACGAAGGGUGUGGCAGAUAUGCAAUGUUAACAAUAGCUGACAUUUACAGUCCUUCUUAUAUGCAACUAACCACUUCGUAUAUCUAUUAACUCACAAACUCCCCACACCAACUCUGAGGAAAAUACUAUUAUUUCCACAGAGCGGGAACUUCCACAGAGAGGUUAAAAUAACUUGACUAAACCUGCCCAAAUUCGUAAGCGGUAGCCAGAAUCUAAACCUAGAUAGUCCGGUCCCGGAGAUAGGUUCUUAACCACAAAGGCAUUUUCUAAAAUUGUUAAAGUACAGAAGCACAGGAAAGAGACAUUUUGGCCAGAAUAACGGUCAAGGGAAGGCUUCAUGGAUGAAGUGGCAUUCGCUCUGGGUCUUGAAGGUCAACAGAUGGAAGGGCUCCUGGGGAGGAAGGACUCUAACGGGGAAGGAACAGCCUGACGAAGAGGAACUUUGGGUACCAGCCAGCUGACGACAGCAAGAUCUGGUCCGGUGCGCGCGGGAGGAAGCUGGGAAGGGACGCCACGCCCAGAUCCCGAGGUCCUUGAGGACCAGGCCCUCUCUGCAAGGAAUCGGGGAGGAAAAUCUCAAACUAUUAAUAGAAGAGCGGCCAAAAGGAAUUCAUGGGCACCCCUCCCUGUUGGAAGGACCUUCCCGGCCAGAGACCAAGGCUGGCAGCACAGCCAUACUUCCCUCAGGGGGAAACAGCCGACAAAGGUGGUCAAGGUCGCCCGCGCGGGCUCCGGCGCUGCACGUCCUAGCCGAACACUCGCGUCCCGAGCACAGACGCUGGGUAUUUGGCUGCCAGCCCGGGCCCGCCAGGCCGGGCCUGGCAGCGCCAACACCUGCUCGGCGGGAACAGGAAGACCUGUGUUCGGGAACUCCCUCCGGCCACCUCCCCGUAUCCUCCUGGCCCUCGAAGGUCGAAGAGGUGGCCUCUCAGGGACACCCGCAGCACUCUCGGCUCCUCCCCUCAGCCGGGAGACCCAAGGAACAACAGCCUCUGCGAUAGGAGCACGCUCUACCAAUCAACCGCAGUCUCCGCCCACGCCUCAGCCGGAGUAAAUUGCAUUGGUUGCAUCAUUCUCGGCCGCCGAUAAGAUUGUUUUCUUGGAUUGGCUAAUAGCGUUCCUUCUCCCCUGUCUCUUCGUCGUCAGAAGCUGACGAUUGGUUAAUCGCGUUGCCAAGCUCUGGACGCGGCUCGACCAUUGGAGGCCGCGGGCCCGCCUCCGCCGGCUAGGUGAAGGUGAGAGUCUCCUCCAGUCGCAACGGCCAGACCUGACCGGCCAGCUCCGAGCGCGGGGUGAAACCUCUUGAUUCCUACUCUCUCGAUAUGGCACCUCCGUCAGUCUUUGCCGAGGUUCCGCAGGCCCAGCCUGUCCUGGUUUUCAAGCUCACUGCCGACUUCAGGGAGGAUCCGGACCCCCGCAAGGUCAACCUGGGAGUGGGAGCGUAUCGCACGGAUGACUGCCAUCCCUGGGUUUUGCCAGUAGUGAAGAAAGUGGAGCAGAAGAUUGCUAAUGACAAUAGCCUAAACCACGAGUAUCUGCCAAUCCUGGGCCUGGCUGAGUUCCGGAGCUGUGCUUCUCGUCUUGCCCUUGGGGAUGACAGCCCAGCUCUCAAGGAGAAGCGGGUAGGAGGUGUGCAGUCUUUGGGGGGAACAGGUGCACUUCGAAUUGGAGCUGAUUUCUUAGCGCGCUGGUACAAUGGAACAAACAACAAGAACACACCCGUCUAUGUGUCUUCACCAACGUGGGAGAAUCACAAUGCUGUGUUUUCCGCUGCUGGUUUUAAAGACAUUCGGUCCUAUCGCUACUGGGAUGCAGAGAAGAGAGGACUGGACCUCCAGGGCUUCCUAAAUGAUCUGGAGAACGCUCCUGAGUUCUCCAUCGUUGUCCUCCACGCCUGUGCACACAACCCAACUGGGACCGACCCAACUCCAGAGCAGUGGAAGCAGAUUGCUUCUGUCAUGAAGCACCGGUUUCUGUUCCCCUUCUUUGACUCAGCCUAUCAGGGCUUCGCAUCUGGAAACCUGGAGAGAGAUGCCUGGGCCAUUCGCUAUUUUGUGUCUGAAGGCUUCGAGUUCUUCUGUGCCCAGUCCUUCUCCAAGAACUUCGGGCUCUACAAUGAGAGAGUCGGGAAUCUGACUGUGGUUGGAAAAGAACCUGAGAGCAUCCUGCGAGUCCUUUCCCAGAUGGAGAAGAUCGUGCGGAUUACUUGGUCCAAUCCCCCCGCCCAGGGAGCACGAAUCGUGGCCAGCACCCUCUCUAACCCUGAGCUCUUUGAGGAAUGGACAGGUAAUGUGAAGACAAUGGCUGACCGGAUUCUGACCAUGAGAUCUGAACUCAGGGCACGACUAGAAGCCCUCAAAACCCCUGGGACCUGGAACCACAUCACUGAUCAAAUUGGCAUGUUCAGCUUCACCGGGUUGAACCCCAAGCAGGUUGAGUAUCUGGUCAAUGAAAAGCACAUCUACCUGCUGCCAAGUGGUCGAAUCAACGUGAGUGGCUUAACCACCAAAAAUCUAGAUUAUGUGGCCACCUCCAUCCAUGAAGCAGUCACCAAAAUCCAGUGAAGAAACACCACCCAUCCAGUACCACCAAAGUAGUUCUCUGUCAUGUGUGUUCCCUGCCUGCACAAACCUACAUGUACAUAUCAUGGAUUAGAGACACUUGCAGGACUAAAAGGCUGCUCUGGUGAGGCGGCCUCUGUUUAAACCGGCCCCACAUGAAGAGAACAUCCCUUGAGACGAAUUUGGAGACUGGGAUUAGAGCCUUUGGAGGUCAAAGCAAAUUAAGAUUUUUAUUUAAGAAUAAAAGAGUACUUUGAUCAUGAGACAUAGGUAUCUUGUCCCUCUCACUAAAAAGCAGGAGUGUUGCAUGUGGCGGCCACGUGCUUCUGUGUGGUGUUUGACUCUGUACGAAGUCUAGUCCCAAAGAUCAAGUUGUCUGAAGGAGCCAAAGUGUGAAUGUGGGUGUCGGCUGUGGCAUUAAACUCAUCAUCUCAACCCAGAGUGUCUGGUCUCCCCGCUCUUUCUGCAUGGUGGUGUCCCUAGUCCUAAGCUUUGGUUCUUUAGGGUGACUGUGGUAAGAAGGAUAUUUAAUCAUGACACGCACAGACACACACAUAUUUAACUGAAACAGAAGUUUCAUCAAACAGUAUUUACUCGUGAUGUGUGUAGUGCAUUCUGAUGUUUUCGAGCCAUUCUAUUGUGUUCUACUUCACCUAAAAAAAUAAAAUUAAAAUGUUGAUCAAGA